AUGUUAGUAGAGGGGCUCGACAAGAAGCCAAUAGGUUUCAUUGUAAACCAGGUUGCUUUCUUUGGGUUUAAUUGUGUUCGACUCACUUGGGCUACCAAUAUGUUUACACGUUAUAGCAACAAAACCGUUGCACAAACUUUUCGUGAUUUAAGCCUUACAAAUGCAAUUAAAGGCCUCGAGAUAAAUAAUCCUCAAUUUUUACCUCUCACGGUGGUUGAUGCUUUUUCAUUAGUGAUAGGUGUGAUUCAAUCUUAUGGAGUCAUGGUGAUACUCGACAAUCAUGUGAGUGAACCAAUGUGGUGUUGUUCCAACAAUGAUGGAAAUGGAUUUUUUGGAGAUAAGUAUUUUGAUCCGGACGAAUGGUUAGAAGGUUUAUCUAUCGUGGGAAAACGUUAUAGAAAUACUCCUAUGGUUGUGGCUAUGAGUUUACGGAAUGAGCUACGUGGGCCUCGCCAAAAUGCGAAUGAUUGGUAUCAGUGGGUUCGUAGAGGUGCUAGCACUAUCCACAAAGCUAACCCUAAUGUGUUGGUUCUUAUCUCUGGUUUAAACUAUGACCUCGAUUUCAGUCCAUUAAAAUCUGAGCCUUUAGGCCUAGACCGUGCGUUACCAAACAAAAUAGUAUAUGAAACACACAGAUACUCGUUUACAGAGGGACAAAGGUGGCUACGUCAACCACUAAACCAAAUGUGUAGUAAUGUUAUUCGUGAUAUAAAUAAUAGGGCAGCAUUUUUAACAACAGGGUCAGAUCCUGCCCCGUUGUUUAUUACCGAGUUUGGCGUGAACUUAAUGGGUACACGCCAAAGCGACAAUGUUUUUUUGCCUUGUUACAUGGCUUUUUUGGUUGAAAUGGACUUGGAUUGGGCCGUAUGGGCUUUGCAAGGAAGCUAUUACAUUAGACAAGGGGUCCAAAAUAUGGAUGAACAAUAUGGACUCCUUAAUAACGAUUGGGAGGGGCUAAGAAACCCUGAUUUUAACGCGAAGUUGUUCCUCCUGCGUCAAACUCUUCAAGUUCCACAAUGGAGAUCGAGCAACUACACAUUCUUGUUCCACCCAAUGACCGGACGUUGUAUACGAUCCGAUUACAAGGACCAGCUCUUUGCAGAUGAAUGCCUUUGGUUGAACGGGUGGAGUCAUGGCGGUGAUGGGACUCCGGUGCAACUCGCAAGCACUCCGUUAUGUAUCACGGUGGCCGGAGACGGGCUUCCGGUGAAGCUAACCACGGAUUGCAAUGCAAAACAAAGCACGUGGCAAUCGGUAAAAAACUCAAGGUUCCAAAUCUCAAACAAAGAUGAAAAUGGUGUGGAUCUUUGCUUGGAUUUUGAUCCAAAAUAUUCGUCGAGGAUUGUGAGCAAGAAAUGCAUUUGUGUAGAUGAUAAUGAUUCUAGAUGCCUUGCAAAUCCCCAAAGUCAAUGGUUUCAAUUUGUUUCCACCAACAAUAGAUUUGUCUAA